AGUGUGGCGCACGGCUAGCCAGCGCGAGGGUAGAAGCGCUCAAGUGGAGGUUGCACGCGAGUGCGGACAGGGCGAAGCGCGAAGUGCGUGAGCGAAGCGAAGCGAGUCGUACGGCGUCAGUGCACAGUGGUCUCUGCCGGCGGGAGCCGCGGGACAUGAGAACAUGCUGUCGCCGCACGGCUGCUCUCUCGCCUGGCUCUGCUUCCUCUUCGUCUGCGUGACGCCGUCAGAUAUUCUGGAGGACGAGAUUGUGUCGGUGACAGACGUGACCGCGGUGCUAGGGGGGACCAUCGAGCUGCCGUGUGCCCUGCCCACCGAGGGGGAGAUCGCGCUCGUCAUAUGGUUCAAGGAUGGCGCUACCUCUCCAAUCUACAGCGUGGACGCGCGCAACCUGCCGCAGCAGCAGCAGGCGACGCACUGGACGGACGAGCGGUCGCUGGGCGGGCGCUCCUUCUUCCGGGCGGAGGGCAACUCCUCGCGGCUGUCGAUGGAGCGCGUGCGCCAGCAGGACGCCGGCUCCUACCGCUGCCGCAUUGACUUCAAGCGCGCCCCCACCAGGAACUCCGUCGUCAACCUCUUCGUCGUAGUGCCUCCGCACAACAUCACUGUCGUCGACGAGCGGGGUAUCGUUGUGCGUGACGUCAUUGGGCCGUUCCCUGAGGGCGCGACACCUCAGCUGACUUGCAUUUCCACGGGAGGACGGCCGCCGCCCGUGGUGUCGUGGUGGCUGGAUGGUGUGGAAGUGAACCGGACACCGCCGCAGCCGCCUGUGACGGCGGGCAGCGGGCAGCCGACGGCCGGCUACCCGGAGAGCGUGAGCCACGUGAUCCGGCUGCCGCCGCUGGGCCGCCGCUAUCUGCACAGCGAGCUCACCUGCAGGGCUUCCAACCACCCGGAUGUCCUUCUCUCCACCAGCGUCGUCAUCGACAUGCUACUGUCGCCGCUGGUGACGCAGCUGCUUGGGGAGAACCGCCCGCUGAGCGCGGGCCGUCAGUAUGAGGUGUCCUGCCAGACGGUGGGCUCGCGGCCGCCGGCCAAUGUCUCUUGGUGGCGCGACACACUGCUGCUAGAGGGCGCCAGGGACACUACGAGCGCGGACGGCAACGUGACGACGAGUACCCUGUCACUGUCGCCUGUGGCUGACGACUCUGGACGGCAACUGUGCUGCAGGGCUGCCAACAUUCUGCUUCCGCCGCCAGAGGUCAGCGAGCAGCUGCACGACUGCCGGACGCUGCACGUCCGCUACAGUCCCAUCGUGGACCUGGAGCUGGGCAGCAAUAUCAACGGCAGCGCCAUCCGCGAGGGUGUCGACGUCUACUUCGAGUGCAACGUUCGCGCCAACCCUUGGAUCCAUAAAGUCGUCUGGAGGCACAAUGGACGUCAGCUACACAGCAACCCGAGCGCCGGCACGCUGCUGAGCAAUCAGACGCUGGUGCUGCAAGCGGUCAAGCGGCAGCGAUCCGGUCUCUACACGUGCGUUGCCAGCAACUCGGAGGGCGACACCGAGAGCAACGCCUUCAACCUCGACGUCAAGUACGCCCCGGAGUGCGUGCACGGGCAGCAGCGCGUGUGGGGGGCGGCGCGCCGCGAGACGGUGUCGGUGCCGUGCCAGGUGGAGGCGCGGCCGGCGGCCACGCUCUUCCGCUGGGCCUUCAACAGCAGCGCCGGCGGGCCCAGCUCGACGCCGGCCGCCGUUACCACGCAGCCGGGCCGGAGCGUCGCCACGCACACGCCGCUCAGCGAGCGCGACUACGGCACGCUGCUCUGCUGGGCGCGCAACGAACUCGGCACCCAGCUGCACCCCUGCGUCUUCCUCGUCGUGCCUGCAGGGAAGCCGGACCCGCCCCGCGACUGCCGCGUGUCCUCGCGCUCCACGACGUCGCUGCAGGUGUCCUGCACGCGGGGCUCGGACGGCGGGCUGCCGCCACAGCACUUCACGCUUGAGCUGCUGGCCGGCCGCGGCGGCCGCCUGGUGGCCAACGUCACCAGCCGCGCCUCCCCGGAGUUCACUGUCGCGGGACUCGAACCCGGCACCACCUACCACCUCCGCGUCUACUCCAGCAACGGCAAGGGCCGCAGCGACGCCGCGGCUGAGCUCAACGUCACCACCCUCCGGGCUUCGCAGCAACACCGGAGGAUCGAUGCUGUGUCGACGGCGCCGUCGCCGCCCGCGCCGCUGUUGCCGCCCCCGGCGUGGCUGGUGGUGGUGGUGGUGGCGGCCGUGCUGCUGCUGUGCGCCGCCGCCGGCGUCGCCGUGGCCAGAGCCCGCGGCUGCCGGCUGCGGGGGCGGCGCCGCGGCGCCCAGGGCGACAGCACCGGCAGCAGCUCCCCAAGCGGCAAGACGCCGCCCCCCAUCCAGGAGGACAACCCCGACGUCGUGCCGCCCCGCAAAGACGAGACGGAGCUGCCGGGGCAGGCGUACAAGGCGCUGCAGCAGUACAACAUCGUGGUGGAGGCGCGCCCUGUCAACGUGGACUCGUCGGCGCAAACCGUCCUCUACAGCGCCGUCAACACCUUCCCCAUGACGGAGGCGGUUGUGCUGGCGCCGUGCUGGCCGUCCCCCGGCUCGUCUGACGCGUCGGCGCCGCUGCUGGCGCCCGCGACAGCCACAGCCGCCCCCGGCGGGCCGCCCCCCGGCGCCGCCCCCCUGGGCUCUGCAGCGGCCUCCCCGCGGCUGCAGGACGCCGAGACGCAGACGGCGGCGCCCUUGCUGCCGCUGCCGCUGCCCCUGCAGCUGGCGACGGCUGCAGCCGCCCCCGCGCCUGCCCCUGGCACCGCCGCCGCAGCUGCCGCCUUGGGCCAGCAGCACAAGGAGAGCACCGUGUAGCGGAACCAGGCGCACCGCAUGCGCUGCCAAACACUCCGUCCUACGAUGACACUGCACCGGAAGAGCGCCCCAGAAGCGACUCCCGGUGCGGGCCCGCGGCCAUGGCCGGCGGAUCGCCGCUGCGCCAAUCGCAGGUACCGCAGAUUCGUCUCGCACUCGCAGCGAGGCCGUGGAGUGACUGCCCCAGCGAUUCGUAACCUCAUGGCCUGCGUCACAGAAAGGCGAUCUUUUUUACGUCGUCUGUGUCUUUAUUGUUGACUGUUUGUACUCUUUUAAUAAAAGCGGAUUUUUUGAUCGGCA